GCAAGUGCUCAACUAAUAGCUCAUGUUUAGUUUACUGCUUCAAGUUCUGCCUUAACCGAAAAGCGAAGGUGCAUAAUCACUUUGAUGCGCGGAAUGUAAAUUAGUGUGUGCUUGGCCUGAAUCGGGAAUGACUUGAAUCGUUUCGUUUGUUUUGUUUUGAUAGUGUGACAGCGAGCAAUUUUUUGGAUAUUAAAUUUUGUCUUCCGGCAAGAAGUUUGGCCAUGAAGGGGUGGUUUGAUGCUUUUCGAUGUGAUGGUGGUCCAACGCUCUACAACUUCAACAAUAGAACAGCAGUGACUGGUGACGUCACAAUUAUCACAUUCCUCGCCAUUUUUACUACUCUUUACGUAGCAUUCCUGAUAAUAUUCUGUGGAAUACGGAAGGAGAGAUGUUCGACAUUUUGUGCGGUGACUUUGAGCCUCUUCAUAGGAGCAACUAUUCUCAUUACAGUGUACGGGUCAGCAUGGCAUGUGUCCAGGGUAUCGACAGUGAGCACCUACCGUGCAUUUUCGACAGAGAAAGUGAUAGCUGACAUUGGUGUUUAUGUAGGACUUAAUCAUGUAAAUAUUACUUUACAAGGAUCCAGCAACAAUUGGACGACUGAUAUAGAUUUUAACGAACGAUUCCUGUGGCUAGACUCUUACCAAAUGGGGAGUAGUUUCAAGGAAGCUUUAGUAAGAGGACUACCAUUUCCGAUACUCACCGUUGCUGAAUAUUUCACUGUGGGACAGGAAGGACUUGCAUGGGGAGGGCGAUAUAGAGCUGCUGGUUAUUUUGCCGUUAUCAUGCUCUG